AUGCUUGAAAGAUGGAUUUUGGAAGAUGAGGAUGGUGAUUAUGAUGAUGAACUUGGUUUGUUUGAUGUGCCUAUUACCGAGAGAUUGAGUCAUAAAACAGAUCGAGGAGCAGGAUGGCGACAUGUUCAACAACUUAUGUAUGAAUCUGAUCAGCAAUGUUAUGACAUUCUUCGAAUGAAUCAAAGGACUUUUGAAGCUUUGUGCAAGAUGCUAGCUGAGCGAUAUGGAUUGAAAGAGACUCACCAUGUCUACCUUGAAGAAUCUGUGGCGAUGUUUCUUGAGACUGUUGGUCAAGAUAAGACGAAGCGGGAUAUUGCUGCAAGGUAUCAAAGAUCAGUGGAUACGGUCCAAAGGAAGCUUGAUGAAGUUUUGAGUGCUCUUCUCAAGUUUGCACAGGAUACAUUAAGACCACAAGAAGGCGAGUUUGGAAGAGUGAGUCCUGUUUUGAGGAAUGAUGAUCAGUAUUGGCCUCAUUUCAGAGAUUGUGUUGGAGCACUCGAUGGAACUCAUGUGCCGGUUCGCCCUCCAAGUCAAAAUGCAGAAGCAUAUAAAGGUAGAAAGCAAGAUCCUACAAUGAAUGUUCUUGCUAUAUGUAACUUCGACAUGAAGUUCAUAUACGCAUAUCUCGGUGUACCUGGUAGAGCACAUGAUACAAAGGUCUUGACUCAUUGUGCGAGGAAUGAGGCUUCUUUCCCACAUCCUCCUCCUGGAAAAUAUUAUCUAGUUGACUCGGGAUAUCCGACCAGGACUGGGUAUCUUGGUCCGCAUCGGAGUAUGCGAUAUCAUCUUGGUCAGUUUGCUAGAGGAGGACCACCAGUUAGUGCACGAGAGUUGUUCAACCGAAAGCAUUCAGGAUUGCGAUCAGUGAUUGAGAGGACAUUUGGAGUAUGGAAAGCAAAAUGGAGGAUUUUGGAUCGUAAGCAUCCAAAGUAUGGUCUGGUCAAGUGGAUUAAGCUCGUGACAGCGACGAUGGCGCUACACAACUUCAUACGUGAUUCACAUCGAGAAGAUCAUGAUUUUGUACAAUGGCAAAGUGAUGAUGAUGGAGAAGGAGAAGCAGAAGGAGUUGAUGGUGAUGAAGAAGGAGAAGUUCUAUGUGAUAUUUGA